UGAAUAUAAUAAGUCCGGAAUAUAAGGAAUAAAAUAACGAACCCAUUACCUAACCCCAAAACCGACAAAACACAAACGUAUAUGUUGUUUAAUAGAGUGAUAGUAAAAUAAUCAUCACAGAAUUUUAAGCACAAAAGAUUCUUCAAUCCCUUUCUAAUAUGACCAACGAAAAUAAAGAAGAUAAACAAUAUGGACUUAUUGUACCGAGCAAAAACCGACUCUCUGUACCUAAGCCUGGAAAUGUUUUUGGGGAAGACAGUGGCUCUGAUGCGGAUGACGGAUCAGAUUGGGUCAGGAAAGCACUCAGAGCAGAGGGUGAAAAAAAUUUGGUCAAAAAGCAAACGCAAUUGACAAUGAAACGUGCAUUGAAAGAAGACCCAACAGUGUAUCAGUAUGAUGAAGUUUAUGACACUAUCGAAAGAUCUAAAAUCGAAGAAAAGAUAAAUAAAAAAACAGUGGAAAAGAAAGCAAAGUACAUCGAAAAUCUGCUGAAGGCAGCAGAGCGCAGAAAACGAGAGCAGGAACACCGAGUCGAAAGAAUGGUACAAAAAGAGCGUGAAGCAGAGGGUGCGAUGUUCGCUGACAAAGAAAGUUUUGUUACGUCGGCUUAUAGGGCAAAAUUGGAAGAAUUCAAGAAAAUGGAGGAGGAAGAGAAGAGAAUGGAUAGGUUAGAGGCGAUUGGCGACGUGACAAAACAGCAGGAUAUAUCUGGAUUUUACAGGCAUUUGUAUACACAAACUGUCGACGUUAACAGAAAAGACGCGGAUGGAAAAGACAAGGAGGUCAAGAAAGACGCAGACUCAACAAACACAGAAAUAACUGAUGUCGAGAAGUCUAAGGAAAACAAAGAUCAUGUGGAUAAAGAUGACCCACUGACUACAGACUCGGAAAAGAAUUCUGACCAUGAAGAUGAAAGUAAUUUAGCCAAGGCACGGGAGUCUAGGAAAACCCUUGCAAAAGCAGGGAGUAACCGUCAGUACAGGAAGAGAGCUGCAGAAAUAUCUCAGUCAAGUUCAGAAGAUGAAUGCGAUAAUGAAAAAAAUAUGUUAAAAACAACAGUGGCUGAGACAAGUGAGGCACAAACGCCAGAAAAGCAUACAAAAUUAUCAUCCAAUGAUGGUAAAAUAAAGACUAAGGACAUUCCGACUGAUACAAGCAAAGCACCCAGUGACACCAAACCUGAGGCAAACAUAUCUACUGCUGAAAAUACCGCCAAACCAUCUAACGAUAAGCCAGACGUAGAGGAUGGGGUGAAAAGAUUGAAGAAAACAGAACCCGAAGCGCCGAAAAUAUCAAUAUGGGAAAAACGAACUGUUGGACCAAUUUUCGAAGCUGCAUUAGAAAGAUAUUAUGCAAGAAAGGCCGCCAGAUCUUCUGGGUAAUGCAAAUUACAUCUGACGAAGAGUUACUUUCCUAAAAUAAAAAUUGUAAAUAAAUGUGAAUUAAAGUUGUUGUACUUUUUAA